UCACACACUUAAGACUUAAAGUUAACAUAACAGAUUACAGACCUACUUUGUUUUUGCUUCACAAUAUUAAAUGUUUUCUUGUUGUUUACAAUCGGUAUUGUUGGCCUGUAGGCCUAUGCCUACAAAACAGCAGACGACAAAGUUCGCGAACCGCUGCCAACACGGGUUAGACGUGUUCAUGAUAACAACACGGCUAAACUGAGACUACACUGAGAAUGAAGCUGACAACGAGAUCGUACUUUCGUUUGAUGAGCGUGUUGAAGAUGGCGUCUAACGAAAGCGUCGUAGCCCGUGAAGAGAUGCACGCCUUUGUCACCAGGUGCAUGGUCAAGGUGGGCACAAAACCUGACCACGCCAGUGCCUUGGCUGACCUUCUGGUGGCUGCAGACUACAGAGGUCACUACAGUCAUGGACUCAACAGGCUGGACAUGUAUGUGAAAGACAUUGAGGCCAAGAUGUGUGUCAGUGACAAGGAACCAGAAAUAGUCAAGGAAACAGCAGCAACUGCAUUUGUAGAUGGAAAUAAUGUGCUAGGACCAGUGGUUGGAAAAUUUUGUAUAGACAUCGCAAUUAAAAAAGCAAAGGAAAGUGGCAUUGGCUGGGUUUCUGCUAAAGGCUCAAAUCAUUUUGGUAUAGCAGGAUGGUAUGCCAUAAGGGCAAUGCAGCAGGGUAUGAUAGGUAUGGCAUUCACUAAUACAUCUCCAUUGAUGGUACCUACCAGAGCCAAGAAGGCUACUUUAGGCACAAACCCUAUAGCAUGUGCUGCCCCAGCCAACAAUGGUGACAGUUUUGUCUUAGACAUGGCUACUACUGCAGUUGCUCUUGGAAAGUUGGAGCUGAAUGAAAGAAAGGGGCUGGACAUUCCACUUGGAUGGGGAUGUGACACUACUGGCAGGGCAACAACAAACCCAUCUAAAGCCACAGGAUUAAUGCCACUAGGUGGCACAGAAGAAUGCAGUGGUUACAAAGGAUAUGGUUUAUCUAUGAUGGUUGAAGUCUUCUGUGGGAUUUUGGGUGGUGCAGAUUUUGGAGGGAAAAUCAGAAAAUGGAAAACUACAGAAAAGGAGGCUAACCUAGGUCAGUGUUUUGUAGCAAUCAAUCCAGCUGCCUUUGCUCCAGGAUUCACUGAUAGGAUCACAGAAUUGAACGACACACUGAGAAAUCUUGAGCCAGCAGAGGGUGAGACAGAAGUUCUAGUACCUGGUGACCCAGAGAGGAAACAUAUGGAACAAUGUGACAAACUUGGGGGGAUCCCAUACCACCCUAACCAAAUUCAGUAUGCUAGAGAUUUGGCAACACAGUUGAAUGUGGAACCUCUAAAGACUUUAUAAAUAGCUGAAGUCAAUUUCUAGAUACAUUUA